AAGCGGGGGGGGCGGUGUUUUGACAAGACAGUUGAUGGGAGGCAGAGAGAUGACACUCGGAGAUCAUCGAGCGCCUCCGAAAUCAAGGAAGUAGAUAGUUUAGAAUAUCGAUGUAGAUUUUAAUAUCGGGCCGAUUUUUUCUUUUCAGUCGCAGAGUUUAGCGAGAAUGGCUUCCAGAGCGGCUUUCCCUGAUACUCCGGGCCCCCCGGUGAUGAAUCCCGGGAUGAACUCUCCCGGCCACCCGCGGAUGGCAGCGAUGAAUCCGGCCUACAGAGCAAUGCCGAGCCCGGCUAACCAGUACCCGCGUCCGGGCGUCCCUCCUGGUCGAAACAUGCCCAUGGGUGGAAUGGGUUCUAUGGGUUCUCCGAUGCCCGGCCCGUCAUACGGAGGCACCAUGUCCAUUCGUCCCGGCAUGCCCCAGACCGCCAUGGAUCCAGCGCGCAAGAGACUCCUUCAGCACCAGCAGCAGCAGGCAGGGGGGAUGAUGGGACCUCGGAGAGGGCUAAAGCGACGCAAAAUGGCCGACAAAAUUCUUCCCCAGAGGAUCCGGGACCUGGUCCCAGAGUCUCAGGCCUACAUGGACCUUCUGGCGUUCGAGAGGAAACUGGACCAGACCAUUGCUCGGAAGCGCAUGGAGAUCCAGGAGGCCAUCAAGAAGCCCAUCACGGUAACAAGCACUCAAAAGCGCAAAUUGAGGAUCUACAUUUCAAACACCUGCACACCUGCCAAACCAGAGGGGGAAGAGUCUGAGAAAGUGGCAUCAUGGGAACUUCGAGUGGAAGGCAAACUCUUAGAGGAUCCUGGAAAACAGAAGAGAAAGUUCUCCUCUUUUUUUAAAAGCCUGGUUAUUGAGCUGGAUAAGGAGCUGUAUGGUCCAGACAACCACCUGGUGGAGUGGCACCGGAUGCCCAGCACUCAGGAGACGGACGGCUUUCAGGUGAAGAGACCUGGAGACGUGGGUGUGAAAUGCACGCUGUUGCUGAUGCUCGACCACCAGCCGCCGCAGUACAAGCUGGACCCACGGUUGGCGCGUCUCCUGGGCGUUCACACUCAGACCCGAGCCAGCAUCAUGCAGGCGCUCUGGCUCUACAUCAAGAACAACAAGCUGCAGGACUGUCACGAGAAAGAAUACAUCAACUGCAACCGCUACUUCAGACAGAUCUUUGCCUGCCACAGAAUGCGGUUUUCCGAGAUCCCUAUGAAGCUGGCGGGACUCCUGCAGCACCCGGACCCCAUCGUCAUCAACCACAUCAUCAGCGUGGAUCCGAACGACCAGAAGAAGACGGCAUGCUUCGACAUCGACGUCGAAGUGGACGAUCCACUAAAAAGCCAGAUGAGCAGCUUCCUGUCCUCCACCACCAACCAGCAGGAGAUCGCCGCUCUAGAAAUGAAGAUCCACGAGACCAUCGAGUCGAUCAACCAGCUGAAAACGCAGCGCGACUUCAUGCUAAGCUUCAGCAACAACCCUCAGGACUUCAUCCAGGACUGGCUCAAGUCUCAGAGACGAGACCUCAAGCUGAUGACCGACACUGCCGGGAACCCGGAGGAGGAGAGAAGGAGCGAGUUCUUCCAGGCUCCUUGGAUCCAGGAGGCUGUGGGCCGCUACCUAUUCUCCAAGGUUCAGCAGAGGAGACACGAGCUGGAGCAGGUACUCGGGAUCCGCCUCACCUAAACCCCUCCUGUACGUCAGAAGACGCUGCGGCGAAGAAAUAGCGCGAGUCUUCGUCGUCAUCAUCAUCGUGCAGUUUUAUUUUUUCCGCUUCAAAUUUGGUUAAUGGAUUUGCGGCUAUAGUACUUUUUUAUUUUAUUUUUUUUAUAUAAUUUCCAUUGCAGUGUGCAUUUGUUGUUUCUUUGGUACCAAAUGUUUGUAUUUGGGGGGGAUUUUUAUUUCAAACAACUUUUAUAAGCCAUAA